CAGCCCCCGGCCCAGGAGGGAGGCGGCGGGAGCAAGAUGGCGGCGCGAGUGCUGCUGCGGCGGAGCCUGGCGGGAGCGCCCUCCGUGCCGCGCCUGCCGCCCGGCGCCGGGCUGGCCCUCAGGGGGCUGGGCUCCUCAGCACACAGAGCCCGUGAGGACAGCUGGUUAAAAUCCCUCUUCGUGCGCAAAGUGGAUCCCAGGAAAGACGCCCACUCCAACCUCCUGGCCAAAAGAGAGACCAGCAGUCUGUACAAACUGCAGUUUCACAAUGUCAAACCUGAAUGUCUAGAGGCCUACAACAAGCUCUGUCAAGAGGUGCUGCCAAAGAUUCACGAAGAAAAACACUACCCUUGUGCUCUGGUGGGGACUUGGAACACGUGGUACGGAGAGCAAGAUCAGGCUGUUCAUUUGUGGAGAUAUGAGGGAGGUUAUCCAGCUCUCAAUGAGGUCAUGAGCAAACUUCGUCAAAAUAAGGAAUUCACAGAAUUCCGUAAGGAAAGGGGUAACAUGCUCCUCUCCCGUAAGAACCAGUUACUGCUGGAGUUCAGUUUCUGGAAUGAACCUGUUCCCAGAGAUGGCCCUAAUAUUUAUGAACUGAGAUCCUAUCAACUCAGACCUGGAACAAUGAUUGAGUGGGGGAACUACUGGGCUCGUGCCAUUCGCUUCCGACAGGACARCAACGAAGCCGUUGGGGGAUUUUUCUCCCAGAUUGGACAGCUCUACAUGGUCCAUCACCUUUGGGCUUACAAAGACCUGCAAACCAGGGAAGAUAUAAGAAAUGCAGCRUGGCAUAAACCUGGCUGGGAUGAGCUGGUCUAUUACACAGUGCCACUUAUUCAGGAGAUGGAGUCCAGAAUCAUGAUACCCUUGAAGAUUUCUCCACUUCAGUAAAAUCACUGAUUUUCUUGUGCCUACAUAGAUAAAGUGACAAGUAUUUGUCUUAAUUUAUGGUAUACGCUGUAUAUCAUAGUCUGAAAUAUAAAAGUACUGUAUUGAGCUUAUAAAAGAGACCUCUUUUCUUCAGAACCCACCACCUUCUGCUCUUAUGGGGGAAAAAAAAAUAAAAAUACAGGGCCAUGAUGAAAAGGUUGGUGAAUUCAAAACAAAUCCCAAACUGUGGGACGGUUCCCCAGGUAAUGUUGGAAUAUUUCAAAUCUCCUGCUGCACAGGCACUGCCCAGAGUUCAGUCACAUUUAAUGACUGCAGCUUUUCCAAACAAAUGUGGGAGGGAAAUGAGAAUUUGUGGAGAAACGAGAAUUUAAUUUCUGCUUGUGAAAUGAGCAGUUCUGGGGUUGGCUGUGAAAUAACCCCUGAAAAAAUCAGCAACUCUCCGUUGGCAAUAAAGGAUAAUCCUGUUCAUUUGGGAUAAUCCUGUGUGGCAGGGGAUGGAUUUGGGGCAGAAAAGGGGCAUUUGCAAGGCCUCAGAGCACACAUUUGGGAAAUCACCUCCCCCUGGAAGGAAUUCAUUCCRUGCAGAGAGCCCCACGCUUCCCCCAGAGACACUGCCAAGACGUGGAUGGCUGAACACCCUGCAGGGAAUCAAUUCCCCCAAAAACACCUCCAAAAUCUGGGAAAAGGGGUUGAAUUUCAUAAGCAGUGCCCGCUGAGCCUGGCAGGGAAGGGGCUGGYGCAUGUGGGCUCGGUGGCAUCGGCGUUUCCGUGCUGUCAGUUCUCUUUUGCUUUCACUUUUAGCCUAGGACGUGUCCACACUUUUUUUUUUUUUGGUGUCUGCAACGAUGUGAACAUCCCUGUGAGUGACAAUAAUCUUCUCUCUCCAAGUGGCUCUGAGAAUCAGUGUAACUGAAUGUACCAAUCAGUUCCAAAUGUCCAGUUUGUACAUUUCGAGAAGUUUUCAGGAAGAACAUAUCAGUCAAUAAAAUCCUUUUAAUUUUCA